AUGAAGCGCCAGCAAAGGGAAAUGGAGAGCACCCUCUCCAAGUCUCCUCUUCACACACAUAAAUGUAUGAGUCGCACACCCUUCAACCGUUUGUUCGCCGGAGUUUACACCACCGCCAUCUUUGCUCUGCUCUACCACCAUGUACUCACACUUCUCCACUCCACCACGUUAGUCUCCUUCUUUAUAUCUAUAUCUAUGUUAAUCUCUGAUAUUCUUCUGGGAUUGAUGUGGUCCACCACACAAGCCUUUCUCAUGCCAAUCCUUCGCCAACAAUUCCCUGAAAACCUUGAGAAAGUCGUUGAUCGGAUGGAUUUUCCGGCGAUGGACAUCUUUAUAUGCACUGCAGAUCCCUACAAAGAGCCGCCGAUGACCGUCGUCAACACGGCCUUAUCGGUGAUGGCUUAUGACUACCCAACGGAGAAGCUUUCGGUGUAUGUAUCAGACGAUGGAGGUUCGGAGCUCACUCUCUUUGCUUUAAUGGAGGCUGCAAAGUUUGGGAAGCACUGGUUACCCUACUGACGGCAAAAUAACAUCGUAGAUAGGUGUCCAGAAGCUUACUUCAGAUCAAACCACCCUAGGAGUUCAGAGACAGAGAAAAUCAAGGUGAAUUCUUCAUUAAGCGAUAAAUCUUCACUCUUUAUUGGAUAUUUAUAUUUUUGUGUUCAUCCGUUUGAGUUUUGCAUUGAACUUAUUUAAUGUUUUUAUUCCUUUUUCCUUUCCUAUUGGCCUUUUUCCAAUUCCAUUUUCCGUUUUGUGCUUCUUGUCUGUGUGUACUGUGUAUAUCACUUGUAUAUCUUUGUGAAUACACACACACACACACAUAUAGCUAGUUUUGUACUUUCAAUUUCCCUGUUUUGAUGUUGAGCAAGCAACUAAGGCUACA